UGUUGCCUAAUCUCGUAAGCUACUAACUGGUAAUUAACUUGUAGCGGAAUGGUUAAUAUUUUAGAGAGAUCAUAGGCGCACGAGACAUCGACUAGGUUGCGCUGCCGACUUCUGGGAAACGGCACUGACGGCGUUUAUUCACCGAUACACCAGUAAUGAUCGAAAUUGAUGGUGCGCAAAUGAUACAUAUAUUGAGCAACACUCCAUCGAGAACCUUGGAUAUCUGCAGUCACUUUGCUGUUAACCUGAUAGACAACUUUCACUCUUGAAGCGAGGGCUCAAGGAAUUAUUGAAAUCAAGAAAAAUAAGCUACUCAAAGAACAUCGUUCCCACAGCUCUGGAAGAUUUUGUGGAUCACAAACCAGCGGUUCGAGUCAAGCUGCAUUACGUCUUUGUUGAACAGAUUCACAAGUCCAGUGUCGAUGUAUUCAUCGCCCCCUGUCUGAGAGAACGUUACUGUGAAGCGUCAAACCACACUCGAGCGAGUCCGGUCGAGCAGCGGCGGACGUCCCCGUGGGAAUUCAGAUCGGAGUGUCCAACCUACUUCCAGGAAUUCACAGGGGGCUGCCGAAUGCACUGCAUGUAUCUCUUUUGAGAAGGAAGCGAGAAGGGGUUAUUAAGUCGUGCGAACGAACUUCUCCUUAUGUUGGAAACAUAUAUUCACAUCUCCUGAAGAUAAGGAUUGUGUGUAGCGAGCCAGAGGCACUUACCUUUACCCUCUACAUCUGAUUUCAACAACUCAAGCAGCUCGUUUGGUGUGAAUGAGAAGGAGAUAUAAAUCUUUUGUUCCAAAUUCUUCAAUCUACAUCACCGAUGAGUGAAGUGCGCAAGGGAUAAUCUGAUUUUCGAAGGGCUGCUAAGAUCACAAAGCGGAAUGAAAUUAAAUCGACGUACAGCUUCUUUCAUGCUUAAAAGAUCUUCUGUCUUUCCAAUCGGUUAGGAAAUAUUUAAUAUCUAAUCUUACACAUUAUUGAAGUUCAACAAUCCACAGACUUAUUGUUGACCAUUGCACUUCAAGUAUCUGAAAUUUGAAAAUUCAAUCUACAGCCAUGGCGGGAGUCACGGUUGGUGUAGUUCCUACCGUGGUCACAGAAGUGAACGUUUAUCAAACAGAAUUUUUCGACGUAACUCCAAACAUGUCGCUUGCAUCACCAAAUGCCACUAGAGAUUUACCCGAACUGGAAUUCUACAACCUCGAUUACAAGAUCAUAGCGACGAUAUUCUACCUGCUCUUGGGUGCCGCGGCCAUCAUCGGUAACGCGAUGGUGAUCAUCGUCGUUCUCAGAGUGGCUCACAUGCGAACUCCGACGAACUGUUACCUGGUGAGUCUGGCAGUGGCCGACUCUAUGGUCGGAGCAAUAACCAUCAUGAUGCAUUCCGUACCGGAGAACCUGCUGCCGAAGAACGCGUUCAUCUACGGCGCCGCCGGCUGCUACUCCAUCAUUGCUCUCGAGUAUCUGGCCUUCAACGUAUCCGCGCUGUCCAUUACCGCUUUCACAAUCGAACGCUACAUCGCCAUAUGUCACCCCAUGAAGGCCCACAUCAUGUGCUCCGUGUCGAGGGCCACCAAAAUCAUAAUCACUCUCUGGGUCUUCGAAAUCAUCUACUGCUCACAGUGGUGCUUCUUGCUCGAGUACAGCGAGGAAGAGUAUGCAGGUGGACAUGCCUUUGGACGUUGCUGGUAUCGUAUGGACAAAGUGGCCUACAUCAAUGCGGUCUAUUUAGUGGACUGUUUCUUAUAUUACAUUGUUCCGGUUGGUGUCUCUAUUCCUCUUUAUGCUAUCAUCGGACGGGUUCUCUUCCGAAGUACCAUGUCACAAAAUGGCAUUAGGAGAGGUUACGAGGUCGGUUCGAAGGGGAAGGAAAAUGGGAACACGACGCGGUUGCGACUCAUGAAGUCGAGCGAAGGCAGUGACGGAAGUAACUCACCAAGACGGUGCAAAGAUUCAGGAAGCACAGCUGUAUCAUCGAGAAAACAGGUAAUAAAGAUGCUGGUAAUAGUGGUAGCCCUCUUUGGUAUCCUUUGGGCACCUUAUCGGAUGCUUGUCGUCUUCAACUGGUUCAACACACCAUCCAAGCAGUACCACAACGAGUGGUUCCUCUUCUUCUGUCGCGCCUGCCUCUAUCUGAACAGUGUGGUCAACCCGAUCCUCUACAACUUCAUGUCCAUCAAGUUCCGACGGGCCUUCAUCAAACUCUGCUCCUGCCGCGGUGUGGACCGGCGCCACAAUCAGUUCACCUGGGUAUCUACCAAUGACCCUGACAAUACGGCCACCACCAAGGCCAUCCGCAUGAGCUCCACUGCGGGCCACUUCGAGUCGAUCAGGAAACACUGCGGUCAUUACAACGCCAAUCACAACACGUCAGCUAUCUAAACAAAGCGCGCAUCAUCAAGGUUCUGCAACCGGCCGGAUCGAGUUCCAACCCGUUCCAACCCGUUCCAACCGCCUCGUCUACUAACAAGGCCCGAUCUUGUUGCACGGCGAAUCUCGCUGGUUGUUGCGGCGCUGGGUUUUAACACCGUAAUUUCAUGCAGUGAAUAAUCACCAGGGAUGCUGGACAUGCCAUCGGAUCUGGAACUCGCUGCUGAGAAUAUUUCAAUAAAUUUGAGCGGUUCAGGUUCGGGAUCAACAUGAAAAGGGCGAUCGAUGAUCUUGAAGUUCGACUUUUAUCUAUAUUCUAAAGAGCGGUUUGAUCAUCAUUUUACAUUGACUGGAAGCAACAACCUUUGAAUUGUUUUGAGCGCAUAACUGAAAAGCAAGGAAAUGCACAAAAGGGGAAGAUGGUAGGCACAUAUUUGCUUAAUUAAUACACUGUGGUCAUCGCGGAGAAAAAAAACAUGACAGCAAACCAGAUAGUUCCCUUUUUCCUCAGAGGAUGCGAAAGUCAUCCCGUUGAACUUUAAAAACUGGUGUUCAAUCUCAGAAGAAGAAGGGAAAAAGAGGAUGAAACUCAGGUACAUGCCCCCAUUUCCAUCGCCAUAGAGGGAGUCGAUCAACAGAUCUUAUUCAUCGGGCGAUGCCUAUAGACAGCUUGAUAGUUUAUAUUUCCAAUAAUUGUGUAGUCUGUCGACUAGGUGUCACGUGAUUCUGAUGCUUGGCGCCCAAUGUCGUGAUCCACGCUCAGCAACUGGUGACGUCAGACUCAGUCAUUCGCCCCCCCCCCCCCCCUCCCCUAUACUAACGUCGGAGUUAUAAUUCAAUGGAUUAUCCAAGUCAAUUCUUUACAUUUAUAUAGAAACGAUGAUAGUGCAAACUGUUACUAUUCAUCACGCAUUUUGACAUUGGAAUUCACUUCACUCAAGGCAUAUUUGCAAUUCUUUCCCGGCGUAAUUGUCCUGAUGGUGACCCACGUAGGAUUUCUGGAAUUAGUUGAUUUUGUUUAAUUUCAUUUGAUAGGAAAAUACGUUCCAAUCUCAUGGUGUAAAAGAAAAUGUUCUCUAUAAUUUCUCAACAAAACAAUAUAAUUUGAAGUAAUAAAGUAAUGUCAUUUUAGAAUGAAGAGCAGAGAAAGUAUAUAUUCUGAGCCAGGUAAACAACAUUGAGUAAUGUUAGGUAGGAGAAAGGGUAUACUUGAACUACACAUGUAUUUACCUUGUAUUUUUCCCUUCUAACGUCUUACGUUGCCAAUUUAGCGAACUAUAUUUUCCUGUAAAUCUAAUACGAGUCUUGUACAUACUAAGUGUGACUGAUCUUUCAAAUGUUGCUAGAUUGUCUUUAGGAUGGACCGCCCUAUUAUUAUGUGUUUUGCUGAACAGUUAGGAUACAAAGAAAGUAGUUGGAUUUUUUUUCUUCUUGUUUUUAAGUUUUGUUUAAUCUUCAUCUUUUCGCUGAGAAGUCAUGUCAUAUUUUUCAUCUUCAGUUUUAUGAUACUUCUUAUUAUCAUGUUAUUGCUGUGUUAUUUGUAUGAUGAUUAUCAAUAUCCUGAUUGUUAUAUCUUUAUAUUCUUGUUCAUCAUAUUUUCUUGUUGGUAUCCUCCUGAAAUGCGGCUUCGUCUGUUUAAAAACAACCAUUCAGAACAUUUCGUGUACCCCUAAAGAGUAAUUUAGAAACCAUUUAGUAGAAAGAAAUUUAGAAACCAUUAAAGGGGAAUACUACUUUAGCAACGGGUUGGUAUAAAUAAAAAUAAAAGAUAUAGAUCAGUACACGUUUGAGAACAUGCGAUAAGAAAAAGAAAGUUAUGAACAAUAAUAUUGUUUAGUCUUAAAAACUGUAAUCGAUCAAACACAAAUUGACAAAACUGUGACGUACCUUUGGACGUACCUUUCCAAUUUGUUCUAUAGUGCAUGAAUUCAAAACUAUCAACUUUAGAGGAAGAAAAUUUAAGAUUUUACAAAAUUAGACAUUUUUUUUUGUACAGCUCUAAAGAUUUAUUUGUUCCUCAGAACAACCUUGACAAGUGAAGAUCAUGUUCUUGUCAGGGUGGACUCUCCUUUAAUUCUACUAUGUUGCCAUGGCAACAGUCGCAUGAAGUCGUCUGCAACAACGUGCUGACUUUAGUCUAGAAUGUGUAAAGUAUUGUUUAAAAAACAUAUCUAUAUCAUAAAAAAAGACCGUAUAUGGAUCAAACUUUAAGGCAGUGCUUGCAUGCCGUAGGCUGACGACUUUAAAAUGUGAAUGAUUAGAAGAUUUGGAGCUACAGUGGUAUUUUCAUGUAUGACAGAAUGAGAUAAGAACUGCCAAUGAGGACUAUUUGCAUCAUUCUCAGUAAUUGUUAAUAUAGGUAUUGUUGUUUAGGCUAGUCUAUAGGCCUUUUCUCCAAGAAGGGGUAUGUGUUAAGUAUUUGUGCGUCGACACAUUCGUAUAUAGUAUUGUUUAAAUGGUUAUUUUACAUUUGAAAACAAGACCCAACCAGAUUAUUUUGAAACGAUAAAAUGUCGGAAAUACCGUAUGUUAAAAAAAGCAUGACAUUGUUUUUCUCACUAGAACGAAUCGCAAUUCAAAUUCUUUCGACAUUUCAUGUCUUUUUUAAAGAAAUCUGUCACUAUCUUUUUCGCUCUUUUUGAUUUUACUUUCAUUUGUUAUCCGCUAUUUGUUGAUAGAUUCUGAAUUUCCUGUAAAGAGAGAUUUGAAUGUCGGUUUGCAAACGGUUUACAAUCCACACGGAUGAAGACAACUUCUCUAUGGACGAUCACUCCGGACGAUUACCCCGGCGAGAACAACGGCCCGAGGACAACUACUCCGUGGACAGUUACCCCGAAAACAACUACCCCGAGAACAAUUACCCCCGAGGACAACUACCCAGAGUACAACUGUCCGAGACAUUUUAACCCUGACAAAUAGCAUUAAUGACGACUAAAACGUAUGAUAUGCAUCUAGACAUUUGCUGAUUUGACGACAAUCAACUCAUUUUGCAAAACUAAAUUGAAUGGAUGUAAUUUUCUUGAUACUAAACGGGUAAUCUUUGCUAAUUACCAUAAUGAAAUUAGGACUUACCCAUAAUGGAUUAAUAUGUUUCUCCAUAUUUGCAGAUGAAACCACAUAAAAUGACACACAUUACACAUGUACUUUGUAUACACCCGAACUAUACAUAACACUUUUUAUAUUAAUUUGUAAAAAUAUGAUUAAUAUCAUUUAUCAUAAUUGAUCCAUUGAUAGCCCGGGAUGGCCAAACGUGGAUCCAUGAAGAGCCAUGAGCUGUAAUUUCAUAACCUGAAGACUGUAAUGAAUAGGAAUUUUGAUGAGAACCAAUUCCUUGUUAAGGCAGACGACCAAGGACCUGACACCCCCCCCC